GUGAAUCAUGUUUAAUAUGCCAGAGCAGUAAAUGUAAGCAGCUGAUCAGCGCAAUAAAGGAAAGGAUGCAAGGAAGGAACAGAGGCGAGGAAAGGAAUCGACUUUAUACUAGUGGGAUGUGUCCUGAGUGGUAGCAUACCUAAUAAUUGUGAGCACCUGUUUGAUGAACCACGUGGUUUGCGGCGGAGUUACUUGACGUGCAUAAAAUUGGAAUCCAAUCUCGUUUGGGAGGCGAGAAAAUAGUAGUUUUGUUUGUACGUUAGCUUAAGAUUUAUCGUUUGAAAAUGGCACCAAAAAAAACGGCAGCCUCCGAAGAAGUAAUUUCAUCUUCUGAAUCACCCACUAAAGAUGAAAUAGUGUCGGGAAAAGUUAAAUCCGAUUCCAGCGAAGCACCUGUUGUGGCACGGAAAACCCCCCUUCAUCCACCAACAAUGAUGAUGGUCAAAGAAGCGCUGAAGGAGUUGGACUCUCGAAAGGGGGUUUCCUCGCAGGCCAUUCGUAGUUACAUAACAGAGAAAUAUCCACCUUUGGACCUGGUGAAGUUGAAAUACAUGAUACGCAAAGCCCUGAACAAAGGAAUCGAGAGCGGGGUCUUAGUGAGGCCACCUAACUCCACUGCAAAUGGCGCACAGGGGAGGUUUCGGCUUGCAGUCAGGGGCAAGGUGAAGGAGCCCAAGCCUAAGGCCACUGAGAACACUGAUCCCAACGUGAAGGCUGCCAAGGCUGGAGCCAAGAAGACCAAGGAGAAGGAAGCAGUUGCUGAGAAAACUACAGCCAAAAAGCAGAAGGAGAAGACUUCAGAGGAUGCAAAACCCAAGAAGGGUCCUGGUGGCUCCAAGGUGGCCCCUGCUAAGAAGCCCAAGGCAAAGAGGCCUGCUGAGGGGGCUGCUGAGGACCAUCCCAAACCCAAAGCACUGAAGGCAGCCAAGAAGGGCGAGGGGGCAGCCAAGAAGGGCGAGGGGGCAGCCAAGAAGGGCGAGGGGGCAGCCAAGAAGGGCGAGGGGGCAGCCAAGAAGGGCGAGGGGGCAGCCAAGAAGGGCGAGGGGGCAGCCAAGAAGGGCGAGGGGGCAGCCAAGAAGGGCGAGGGGGCAGCCAAGAAGGGCGAGGGGGCAGCCAAGAAGGGCGAGGGGGCAGCCAAGAAGGGCGAGGGGGGUAAUGAAGGGGACACUGUGGCUCCUGCUGCUAGAACCACAGGGAAACGAGGCAAGAAGGCAGCAGCUGAGUGACUGUUCUCCUUUCAUCCAAAUGUGGGUUUUAAAGAUGCACUUAUCUUUUUGAAUAAAGCUUAUUUUUUUUGAA